CCUACAAUAGUAAGCAUUUGUUUUACGAGUAUUUUCCUUUCAUAUCACGGUAACAAAGUUAUUUUAUUUUUCGUUAUUGUAUUAAAUUUCAGAUUACGUCGCGGUCCUCUUGAUUUUAUUUAUAUAAUGUAAAACGAGAAUUACCUGUAUUUAUAAAUAACAACAAAAAUUAAAUUAUUUUAAAUUGCAUCUGCAAAAAGACUAAUAACUGAAUUUUUGUGUAUACAAACAAUAAUAAUUAUAAUAUACCAAAAUGCCUGCAGGACGCGUAGCUGGAAAAUUUGGUUAUGGAGAAAGCAAUUAUUUUAGCGGUCGUUCCUACAAGGAUAUCAAUAAUGAAUUGAUGUGGAUCAGUAUCGGUAUGGGCAUUACAAUUGCCAUACUAAUAACAUUUGCCCUCUGUUAUAUUUUAUAUGAAAAAUGCCAUAGUAAAAAACAAAACGGAGGAUAUUUUAUCAAUGCUUAACAAGUAGCCUAUAUUAUUAUGUGUUAUACAUAAAUACAUAUAAGUAAAAAGUACAAUGGCAUACAUAAUCAAUAUAUACGAGUAUAUGGUGAUUAUUGUAUAAACAAAAAUAGAAUAUACAUGAACAAUGGGCAAUAUUUUACGAUAUCCAAUAUAUAAGGGUGUGAUAAUACGAAAAACAAAAAAAAAACUAAUUUUUCAAUCAUGAUUUAAUACGAAUAAAGUUAAGCAUAUAGUAUAAAGGCAAUCUGUAAAAUGAUAACAUCAUUAUCAAUAUUGUGAUGAGGCCCUGCCAAACAGGAUAAAACAAUUAUUAAUAUUAUUGAAAUAGAAAUGCAGCAACAAAGGAAAUAAUAAAAAUCGUUAUAUAAAAAAAUAAGGAUGAAAAAUAGAAAAUUACCUAAAGGAUUAUAAAAUUUUCAAUUUUGCUUCCUUUUUAUUUGAAAUUUUCUUUUUUUGUUAAUACAACAAAAACUACUGCAUUUUGUGAGAAAAUUU